AUGUGGAUACCUGGAAUUGCGGACAUCUAUGAGGGGACCGCGAGGGCGUUCGAUUAUGUUUGGCGGGGUAAGGAGGACCGGGAGCUCAAGGCACGGAAGCGGGAGGUGCGCAGGGCGUGCGGGAGCGCCUUUCCGGAAGCGUGGGCUGCGUUCGUCGACGAGUUCGUCUCCGUGUGCCACUCGAAAGGCCACGCGCCGCCCCGCAGCGACGGCAAACCUGCGCCAGCCAUCUCGUCCUUCCGCCUGCCCGCCGCCGAGCGAGUGAUCGCGAUCGGCGACCUCCACGGCGACCUCCACAAGGCGCGCCAGGCGCUGUCGCUCGCGGGCGUCAUCGACGCCGACGGCCGGUGGUGCGGCGGCAGGACUGUCGUCGUGCAAGUGGGCGACCAGUUCGACCGCGGCCACGACGAGGUGGCCAUCAUGCACCUCCUCGAGCGCCUCAAGCACGAGGCGAAGCAGGCCGGGGGCGCCGUGCACGUGCUCACGGGCAACCACGAGGCGAUGAACGUCAGGGGCCAGUUCCGGUAUGCUACCGAGGAGGGGCGUUUUGACUUCCUGAGGUGGCACGAGUGGCAGAGGCUCGGCGCGGCGAUGAAGGCGCUGUGCGGGUGCGAGAAGGGGGCGUGCGACUGGGGCAAGGACCUGGCCGAGCUCCCGCAGGGCCGGAACGACCCCGAGCGCGCGCGCUACGCCGCGGUGGCCCCGGGCAUGCCGUUCACGUCGCGGUUCCUGGCAGGCAACCCAGUGAUCCUGCAAGUGGGGUCGACGGUGUUUGCGCACGGGGGGAUCCACCCCGAGCACGUGGACUACGGCGCGGACCGCAUCAACAGGGAGACGAACCAGUGGAUGCUCGGGCUCGACAAGAAGGGCGGAAAGUCCGCGCCGAUGCCGGAUUUCCUCGCGGGCCGCGACGCCGUCGUCUGGUCGCGGCGUUUCUCCCACCCCGAGGCCCACGCGUGCGACUGCGACUCGCUGCGGGAGGCACUGGGCAAGCUCCCUGGGGCCGAGCGCCUCGUGGUCGGCCACACGAUCCAGCCGUACGGCAUCACGGGCGCGUGCGAGAACCGCGUGCUGCGCGUGGACGUCGGGCUGUCGAUGGGCUGCGGCAACCACGAAACAGAGGUUCUGGAAAUCUUGAAUGAUAGGGAAGUGCGGAGGUUGCGGUACGGGGAGCCGGCGGAGGACCUGUCGAAGCCGUCGCGGCCGGACAAGAUCGACGCGCCGGUGGAGGCGGCGGCGUCGGACGCGUGA